CAUUGGGAAAUGGAGUUGUGAAGAUAGUUGAUUAAUGAUUAAUGCUGACGUACGUUUGCUGGUGAGAUCUUAUUGUUCGGUGUGUUUCGACAAGUACUCUGAUGGUUCUUUCACCAUAUCAUCUAUAACUAACAUUUCACUUGCUAAAUGCUAUUAUUUUAAGUGUAAGAAUAAGCGCUGUAGUUUAGGGAGGGAAUUCAGCGUGGUGUAUCAGUUCGUAACAACCAUCUCCAACCACUCUACGGAGUGAUCGAGCCUUUUCGCUUCUGCAUGUUAAUCAGCUCGUCAAUGAAAGGUAAUUGAUAUUUCUAUAGUUAUAUAACAAUGUUGCGAUCCAAAAUUGUUUCCUUUCGCUCUUUCUCGUUCUCUCUUUAGCAACCCAGCUACACGAGGAAUUAUCCAAGAAAAGAUAUGCAAGCGACGUUAUCGAUUUGUUUAUUGAUCUUCGGCGUUUGUUUGCAAGUUAGUAAAAUUAUUUCCGUGCCUGUCAGUUUAGUCUAGUAAUUAAAGCGUGACCUGCUGAGUAAUCAACAAACACGCUAACAGUUAUUUUGUACGUUGAGCUGACGUGUUUCAACUACAUUCGAGUUAACGUCAUCCCGCUAGAAAAAAAAUUGUUGUUACUUCUUUGAAGACGUUUGUGAUUAUGAAUUACUGUAGUGUAAGGUAGUAUGUAAACUAUAGUUUCAUCGAAUGAAGUCUGUGAAAGGAAAAAUUACCGUUUGGAAAGGGGAAGGAGAAAACACAUAUUAACUGAAGGAUGGUUGUAUUCACCUAGCUAGGGCCUUUCCUAUCAUGUCUGUUACUAUCAGACAUGUUUGGACGUACUUUUACAUCCCUCUGAGAUUAGAAAGGCCUACUUGUUUCCUGAACUCAGAAAGAAAAUUCUAAGAGUAGAUGAUCAAUAUAAUUUCGUUUGAACCUCAUACUCAAGAGAGAAAAUAGGAUACAAAAAUAUGUUUGAGCUGUUUGAGACACCUUGAGAGUUCUUGGAGAAUGUUAUUAAAUUACUAGGUCCUCUAUGAAAGGUCCUGGAACUCCCAGUAAAGAAAAAUCUUGUGCCUUAGAAGUGUGAAAAUCUUGUGACUUAGAAGGGUGAAAAUUAUUUUUUCUCGCAUCCUACCCAUCAAUCUCUGAGUGAAACAAAUUGUGGGCAACAGUUUAUAGUUUUAUGUUUUAAACCCAUUUAAUUUGAUUAUGCUCUUUUUGCUCUGUUAGGGAGAUUUCUGUGAAAGUAAUAAAAUAUGUCAUGGAAAGCAAUACACUGUUAAAAGUGCUGAUGGAAACUUUGAAAAAUGUCAGCCUUGUGGAGUCUGCAAUGAGGGAUGGGGGCUGGAACCAAAAUGUGGAAGUACUGUUAUAAGCCCUGUGAAUGAAACUUAUUGCCAGCGUUGCCAUGAUGGAAUAACAUAUUCUGACACUUAUGACUCUUCUCCUUGUUAUAUGUGUCAGCACUGUGCAGAACAUGAGAUUGUAAAAACAUCCUGCACAAGUGAUACAAACACCAAAUGCAGUGGAACUUGUGAAUAUGGUUAUUACUAUAAUGCUCAGGAUGCAUCGCAUGCAUGUCAUGAGUGUUCUCAUUGUUGUUCUGAUGGAAAAGAUGAGAUACAAGCAGAAUGUGUAAGACAUGGCCUUGAAAAAAGACACUGCAGCCUACGAAUGGAUACAAACUGUGGUCCUACCAUAAAACCUUCAAUUAGCAGCAAUACUGGAGAUUCAGGAAAAUUUAAGCCAAUUUACAUCCUGUAUAUUUGUAUUGGUGCACUUGUUGGUGUAGUAAUUUUACUUGUUGCAGUAUUACUUAAAAGAAGAAAUGCUGGUCAAAAUAACCUGUCAGUGGACACCAAUCCUGAGCAGGGUAUUAAGCAGCAUGAGGCCCAACCAAUGAUUCACAUAAAUGGACGUGCAGACCCUCAGCCUGACAACAGUAAUCUGACAACUCCAACACGUAAGAAUUCAAUAGCUACUGAUUAACAUAUAAGGUGCCAAGUCAAAGCUAUGAAGAGAUACUGAAUACAUUACGCUAUCAUUAAUUUUCUCUUGCAAUUCUGAGUCCUAAAUAAUUAUUCAGCACCAUAAAUUUAAAACACUGUAUGAUGGCCUUAGUGUGAUCCAUUAAUGAUAUGUGGCCAUCUUAGAUGAUGAGUGCACUUUGUUACAUUUUCACUUGUUUUGUAUCUCUCAAAUCUAAUUUUAUACUACAAAGGUGGAGUCCCUGUGCAACCUGAUUCCUCAUUGAAGGGUAUGCAUAGUUGCAAACAGCAGGCAUGAUGCAAUAUUGAUAAUGUUGAGAUGUAAGGCUUGCCAUUGAUGUAUACUUUAACUAGAAACAUACAUUAUUUAAUGUUCCCAAAUGUUUUCCAUCACAGAAAGUGGAAAAUACAACCAUGAGUCUACACAAGUUUCCAGUGGCACUACACUUCACCCAGUUGUCUCUGAACUGAAUCCUGGUUAUGCUCAUUCCAAUGCAGGAACACCUCAUGUGUCACCCAAGGGAACACCUGAUUUAUCCAGGCAGCAGGAUGGUUUGUAACUUCAUAUCAUAUACAUAAAACAUAGCCAAACUAUGUGUCAAACUAUGAUUCCUUGCUUUUAAACGAACCUUAAAUACUCAAUUCCAUAAUGUUUUGUACUAUUGACUAUAGGGCAGAUAAAAAUUAUCCAGCAUCCUACAUCUCAAAAACAAACAGAAAGAUUGCGUGUGGAAUUCUCAUGCAAAUGUGAGGUACCUAGUGGAACUCAAGUUUUGUACCAGUGGUUCAAAGAUGACCAAGAACUUGAGGGAAAAACCUCGGACACUCUCCUCUUGGAUUCUGUUAGAAUGCAAGAUUUUGGGUGGUACAGAUGCCAGGUUUCUUGUUCAGGUGACACAAGAAAGGAACCGGUUAAGUCAGGACCCGCAGAAUUGAAUGUUACUCCAUGCCUUGGAAAAAGUGAGAAUUAUUGUUUUGUUUGUUUGGUUUUUUUUUUUUGUUUUAUAUGAAACUCAAAUCAAUGAGCCACUGAUAUGGGUUUUUCUUAGCUGGUGAAAGAAAAGGAUUGAAAUUCCUUACUCAAGAUGGAGAACUGGGGAGUCAUCUACCCUCCCAGCUGGUAUCUGUAUCCUGAAGUGAUUGGGAGUGCUGUCUACUCCCCAGGGAUGCUGGUCGAUGUCCUGCCGAUUUCACCCCCUACAUGUUUAUUUCGGCACGCCCGAAGUAGCUUAUAUUGCUGCUCUACCUUCAGUUAAAAACUUCUCAUAAAUGAAGAGGGGACAUGGGAACCUUAAGACCCCCUUUUAACAUACUUACGGCAAUCUUAAGGCCUCCCUCUAACAUCCCUUCGGGCCCUUGUUCCCUUUCUGGUUUGUUUUCUCAGUGGUUUUCCUGUUGCGGUUUUUUCCCUCGACUCAGGCCCGGUCUAAAAGUAGAACUUUUGGUGAACCGUUCUCAGACUGUAAACAUGGAAAUUUUCCUUACUACAGCCCCUACUCUCAGUCACGACACGCGAUAUUUUGGCCUGGGAUUGCAUUCCUUUUAGGGUCUCAUUUCUCUCUGACUCACAGCUGGACAUAUGAUUCCAUUUUUGUGUUUGGUUCCCGUUCUUCUGUAGCUGUUGUUUGGCACUGAAUAUCGUAUUUUUUUGCCCAACAGAAUUAAAGACUCUACGAGAGCUCAAAUUUGAUACAAAAAAUCAAGUUGCUAUGCUUCUUGAGAAUACAGCUCCAGGUGUUGGUGGAUGGAGGGAAGUAGCUCAUCGCUACGGAAUGAAUAAGGAUUUAGUGAAAAAUUUGGAGACUAAACAGGACCCUGGAAAGCAGGUUAUGGACUUUCUACAGGCAUCUAAACCGGAUUUACAAGUUUACAGCUUUUGCAAGACACUCAAAGGAAAAAAUUGCUUCAAUAUUGUAAAAGUCUUAGAAGACGAGCUAGUUAAUUAGUGACUCAAAGAUCAGAGUGCCCUAACGCCCUAUCGUCUUUUCCGACGGUUAUCGAUCACUUCGUCGACAUGUCAACUCGCCGACACCAUUACUCAAUCCAGUCUUUCCACAACUCUGUUAUUCCGCUCAACUAUCACUGUUGAGAGGAAAUGUUUCAUGGUUCGUCGCGCGUGGUAGCCACGAACUGCCUCAUUUGGUCUUAUUGUCACAAAGAUGUAAAUAGGCCACUGUUCGUGCAUGCGUCAGGAAUAAAUCUUUAAUUGCAGGAGAUAAAAAGUGUUUUGCCCAGGUGCGUUGUUCUAGAUGUGACAGUUAGUAUGAUCGGUGAGAUUUUAGCACGGGUCGCUUGUGUUUUUAUUAUACAAUUUUACUAAUAAAGUACAUGUAAACACA